AUGCUGUCAACAUCGAGCCUUCGUUCCCUUUUGGGUGCAGGGAAGAGGCUGAAGGUCUCUGGGAUAAGCCGGGCGUUUGAAACGUCGGCCAAGAUCGAAUCUGUUCCUGCGAAAUCACAAUCACCUGAAGGCGAAAAAUCGACAGCGCCGUCGCACACUACACCCGAGGCUAGCCAGCAACCAACAGUGGAUGUAAAGGAAUGGCCCGCACGCUUAGACGACAUCGGUGAGAAGUUCAGAUUACCUCGAAGCGUGCAAGCCGUCUAUCUGCGACCCCUCCGAAGAAAGGCAGAAUACGGCCUUCCCGUCUGUGACUUGCAACUCCGAUCUUAUAGUGUGCGAAACGUCGAAUUCUUUGCCGAUUUCGCUGUCCGUGCAGCUUACUAUCUGAAACUCCCUGUUUCUGGACCUGUUCCACUACCUCGUAUUGUCGAACGCUGGACAGUCCCCCGCAGCAAUUUCGUACACAAGAAGAGCCAGGAGAACUUCGAGCGUAUCACUCUCCGGCGGCUGAUACAGAUCAAGGAUGGUCAUCCUAAGGCCGUGCAGGCAUGGCUUGCGUUCCUUCGGAAACACGCGUUCUACGGGGUUGGUAUGAAGGCGAACGUGUGGGAAUACGAUACUCUUGAUGUUGCGAAAUCUAUGGACGAAUCACUUCCAGAACUCGAGAAGUCCCUCGAGCCUUACUUUGAGAACUUCGGUCAACGAAAAGAUGCCGCUGCCAGCGCCUCUGUAUCCGAGAUCCUGGGCAGCGAACGCUUCUCUCAGAACAGGGGCCCAUUGACCGAUACACUUAACGACAUUUACUGCAGAGCACAGGGUCAGAUGGCCACUCUGUUCGCUCGACAGGGAAAACGCUUCCCUAUAUGCCAAAUCAGAAAUACGGGAAGUUCGCACCACAUCCGCUGUCUACAGACCUCGACUUUGAACUCCAGUCCACCUCCGAGCCAACCUCCGCACGAAAAGACCAUUUUCUCCGGCAUUCAACCCACUGGUGUGCCGCACCUGGGAAAUUAUCUGGGGGCGCUCCGUGAAUGGGUGCGAUUGCAGAAUGACAGCGCUGCGGGCACCAAGUUGAUAUUUUCCAUCGUCGAUCUCCAUGCAUUGACCGUUCCCCAAGAUGCAUCACGCCUUCGGGAGUGGAAGAGAGAAGCGUUCACGAUGCUCCUUGCGAUUGGGCUCGAUCCCAACCGCUGCACGAUAUUUUAUCAAUCCGCUGUAUCCGCCCACGCUGAACUGAUGUGGAUUUUAAGCACGGUAGCAUCGAUGGGGUAUCUUUCCCGUAUGACUCAGUGGAAGAGCAAGCUCAAAUUGCCGGAGGAUACGAGCCUGGAACAUUCGGCUGCUAAAUCGAAGCUGAGACUCGGUCUUUUCUCUUAUCCCGUCCUUCAAGCGGCGGAUAUUCUGGUACAUAGAGCGACGCAUGUGCCAGUCGGGGAAGAUCAGAAACAACACAUCGAGUUCACGCGGUAUACCGCCAAUAGUUUUAACCAUCUCUAUGGCCCUAUAUUUCCAUCACCGGAGCCUCUCAUCUCGCCCGCUAGGAGAGUGAUGUCGCUCAAGGAACCCCAUCAGAAGAUGUCCAAGUCGCAUACGGAUGAUCGCUCAAGGAUCUUGCUUACCGAUUCACCCGAGCAAAUCCGCAAAAAGAUCAAGCUAGCCCUUACAGACUCCGAGCCGUCGGUCACUUACGACCCAGUACACCGACCAGGAGUCUCUAACCUUCUUGAGAUCUUGUGUCACUUGCAGUCUGACAACAAGUCGUGUGAGGAGGUCGCCUUGGAACAUAGAUCGACCAGCAUUCGCGCACUUAAGGAACUUGUGGCAGAUACACUGGUGAACCAUCUCAGUGGAAUCAGGGAGCGAUUCUUUGCCCUGCAGGAUCAGAGGGAUUACGUCGACAGCGUCGCUGAGGCCGGUGCGAGAGCCGCGCGGGCCAACGCUGACUCGACAAUGAAAACUAUUAGGGCCGCCAUGGGCCUCUGA